UAUAUAUGCAUAUAUAAUUUUUGUUGAGGUUAAAGCUAAUGGCAUUUUCUGAAGUUACAAAGCGUCAUAAAAGAUUAUUUGAGUUUAAUAAUUUAUCUGCUGUCAAAACUCAUCGAGCUCCAGGAGUUCAAGAUUUUCAAAUAUUAAAACCAAUCAGCAGAGGAGCUUAUGGACAUGUAUAUUUAGCUCAAAAAAAAGAAACUAAAAAAUUGUAUGCAAUUAAGUGCAUGAAAAAAAAGGAUGUUUUAAACAAAAAUAUGAUGGACCAGGUUGUAGCUGAGCGUGAUGCUUUGGCAUUAUCUUCAAAGUGUUGUUAUGUUGUUCAGCUUUUUUAUUCAUUUCAAUCAGAAGAUAAAAUAUUUUUGGUAAUGGAGUAUAUGAUUGGAGGAGAUGUUAAGUCUUUGCUGCACAACUUGGGUUAUUUUGAUGUCAAAAUGGCUAAAAUUUAUGUUGCAGAAGUGAUAUUAGCUUUAGAAUAUUUACAUUGCCAUUCAAUAUAUCAUAGAGACAUCAAACCUGAUAAUAUGUUACUAUCAAGCAAAGGCCAUAUUAAACUAACCGAUUUUGGUCUAUCUUGUGUAACUAGGAACAAAAAGCCAAAUAUGCUGGAUUUAAUUAACACAACUGGUACAAUAGGUUCUGAAGAAAGAAAUUUUUUUUGGAGAACACCUGGUCAAUUACAGUCUCUUACAAGUAACUUUACAUUUUCUGCUCCAAGAACAAAAAAUUAUAAAAGAGUUAACAAUACAAAAAGAUUAAGCGCUCUUCAAUCUAUUAAAUCUGAAACAAAAAAGUUUUUUUUUAGUCCUCCUCAAAGUUGCUUUAAGAAUAGUAGUGUAAGUACUGUGUCUGAAUGUUGUUUGUUACCUCAAGAAGAUAAAAUGUUGUUUAGUAGUUCUCUUUUAAACAAAAAUACAGGUUUAACAUCAGAAAUUACUUCACUUGAUUUAAAUUCUUUACAGCGUAAACGUACUUACAUUGAGUUGGACUCUUCUUUGGAUCAUGAAAAAGAAAAUCGACCAAAAAGAGCAAGGAUUUUAUCCCACAGUUUGCCAUUUGACACAGAAAUAUUUAAUAACUUUACAAAUGAAAAAUGUCAUGUCCAUUUUCCUGAUUAUGAUCAUGUUAUCAUGGAUAGUAAUAAACAGUUUUCUAACCUUAGUGAUAAAACAAGUGAACUAUAUCCUUUCUCCAAUGAACUACAAAAUUCAUCAAUUGGAAAUAUAAGUGGUGUUACAGAGUUAACGGAAUCAAGUCAUAUGAGUAUUUCUUUUUCAGGAGAUACUGGUCACCUGAGCCCUCGUGUUUCUCAAUCAGCCUAUCAAUCUAGUAAUGAAGUUUGUUAUAAUAACUUAACACCCACUACUGAACUUUCUUGCAAUAGAACCAAGUCAAUUAUUGCAACUACCCCAGUUCAAAACUUGCGCUUUUAUGAUGGUCAUUCGCCUAUACUUAGCAGAAAUAGCGAAAUGUGGGAUUUAAAAACACCUGACUGUGGUUCUUUAAAUCAUUCUUUGAGAAAAACACCAUUUCGUACACCAAAGUCAUGUAUUCGAGGUGCUGCUGCAUCAUUAGGAAAAAAUAAAGUCAUAGGCACACCAGAUUACCUUGCUCCAGAAAUAUUGCUUGGGCAACCUCAUGGAGCUCCAGUUGAUUGGUGGGCCCUUGGAGUUUGCUUCUAUGAGUUUCUUACUGGAGUGCCACCAUUUAAUGAUGAUACCCCUGACUUAGUAUUUCAACAUAUUCUUGAUCAUGAUAUGAUUUGGCCUGAAGGAGACGAGGCACUGCCAAAUGAUUGUAUAGAUACUAUAAAUUUUAUUCUAACUGAAGAUCCAACUCAACGUCCAAAAGCCAUUGAUCUUAAGACUUUACAGUGCUUUUCUGAAAUAAAUUGGGCAAACCUGCAUAAUGAAAAAGCUCCUUUUAUCCCAACUCCAGACGAUGACUGUGAUACAACUUAUUUCACUGCAAGAAAUCUUGCUACUCAUUUAAAAAUGUCAAAUUUUAUGACUUGACAAGAACUUCUAUUAUUUAUUUUUUUUUCUUUAAAUCAGAAAAAAAUAGUUCAAAGUAUUUAAUUAAGUAAUCUAA